AACCAGCAAUAAAUGCCAAUUUUCCUUGCCAAUUUUUAAGUCCACUAUCCACAUGUUCUGGCAAAAACAGCAACCGUACUUCUAAUAAAAUCCCAAAGAGCGUUACCAUACACAUGAUCAAUUGUCAUCUUAUUAUUUUCCUCAUCGCUCUGUUCAAACACCACAUUUACUCACUGCAUUAUUCGUAUCUGUUUGAAAGCAUCAAACAAAUCGACCGGAACAAGAAUUGAUUCUGGCUCUUAACAAGUUUACACGCAAUUCCAACGAGAUAUCUUCGAGACGCCAAUGCCAAUGUGCUUGUCUAUGCAUUUGUAUGCAAGUAAUUAGUGACAUCCUCGUCCAUAGAAGUCAAAGUCCGUCCGCGUUUUGGGUUCUAGAGCGAGAAAGAAAGAGGCAGAGAGAGGCACAGAGAGAGUGGAUAAAUACAAACGAGAUCGAGCGAGAAGUGAGCACAUUUGGCCAGCCAGUCCCUGGGACAUAGUCUGAAUUUCUUGGCAUUCACGAGCACUAAGCUCACGGUGCACUAAGUCACUACUAAGUCUUGUGGGAACGAGAAAGGCCAAGAUCGCCCGCCCUCCAUCCAUUGUGUCCUCAUGACUUCAAAGGCCGUCUUCGAGAUUGUUUCAAAUUCCAAAUAUCCGCAACUCGCAAACAAGUGAAAUGGGUUCCCAAUAGAAGAGUUGGUGGACCACUUGUCAUUGUGCUUGGCUCGGUUGCAUUUACCCACCACAUCCCACGUCCAUCCUAAGUGAACAUGGGCAACCUAGCCCAAAAAAUGAGGAGCCAUAUGUCCUCCAAACGGAAGAAACCACCCACGGACGAGUUCACUCCGGCGGACAUCCAAAGAAAGUUUGAGAAUGUGCCAGUGCUGACCACGAUGGAGAAAAAGGUCCUCAAGACAUCAUGGAAGGCCAUCAAAAAGAAAAUGGACAAGGUUGGACAAGGCACAUUCCUGGAGUUGUUCAGCGCCUACCCUGAUUCUCAGGACGUGUUCCGGCGCUUCCGAGGCGAUGAUCUCAUUGCCCUGGAGCAAUCCGUAGAGUUGGUUCAACAUGGAGAACGCGUUAUGGCCAUGGUGGAAGUGAUCAUUCAGAGUCUGGACUCGUACCAAAAUAUGUGGGAUAUUCUUGUUCAACUAGGACGGCAACACUUCCGUGAUCGCCGUCCGCCAGACGAUCGGUCAGGAUUGGUACGAGGCCUUGGAAUACCAUUGGUUGGCCCUCUUCGGGAUCAUUUACUAUUGCAUGGACUUCGGAUGGCAACUUCAACGUGCAGAUGAGCAAAAACGGGCCCGAUUGGCCACCGAGGCGUCCAAAAACAGAUCCCAGAAGUAAUAAUAAUGACCUUCACCUGAAUUCACAAUGCACUUGUUUUGUCUACUUCACAGAAAUAAUGUAUUUCAAUAUGGA